GGCACCAGAAUGUCGAUUCUGGAAUUCUCCGAUGUGAAACCCCGCCAAGAAAAAAUCCAGAAUUGUGAGCUGUGCCCCUAUUUUACUACGUCGGUUUUUCUCAUGGUGGACCACGUAAAACGACACCACUCAACGUUGCCACGUUUCAACUGCGAAAACUCCAAAAUCGAGGAUUAUCGCUGCAAAGACUGCAAUUUCCAGACUGAUCUGACUCUCGUUUUCAGCCGACACGUCCAACUUCAUAGCGAAUCAUCAAACCAAAACCCUGUUAUUCAACAGUACUUUUGCGAAAAUUGCAGCUUCGACACUCACUUCGCAAUGAAGUGGCUCCAGCACACCCUAGACUGUCUCAAGAUCCCCAAAAUUGUACAAUCCGACAAAAUAAAGCACUUCUGUGAUAAAUGUCCAUACAAAGCUCGGUACAAAGUUCACCUACAAAGACACGUAAACGCACGACAUCUGGACGAAGGGGCCGUCACGUGGUACAAGUGCGAGAAGUGUUCAUACAAAGCUAAACAAAAAGGCAAUUUAAAAAUCCACCAAAUCGCUCGACAUCUGGAUGAACAAAACAUCAAAUGGUAUCAAUGUGAACAAUGCCCAUACAAAGCUAAACAAAAAAACCACUUGAAAAACCACACAGACGCACGACAUUUGGAUGAAAAUAUUAAAUUACACGAGUGUGACAAGUGCCCAUAUACCGCUAAGUCCAAUCACAAUUUAAAAAGGCACGUGAAAGCACACCAUUUGGGUCAACGGCGCACUGUUAAAUGCUACGAGUGCACGAAAUGUCCGUACAAAUGUACCGAUGGAAGUCUUCUAAAAAGACACGUUAACGUUAACCACUUGGUUGGAGACGAUAUUAAAUGGUUUAAAUGUGAGUGGUGUCCAUACACAGCUAAAAGAAACGAUCAGUUAAAGAGACACAUUAACGGCCACCAUUUGGUUGGAAACGACGUUAAAUGGUUUGAAUGCGAGAAGUGUCCGUACAAAGCUAGAGAUAAGUCGGCGCUACGGCAGCACGUUAACGCCCACCAUUCAGAUCACUGGUUUGAGUGUGAGGAGUGUCCGUACAAAACCAAAACUGUGGUACAAUUAAAAAGACACACGAGUCGGCGGCACUUGGACGAGAGGGAAAUUAAGUGGUUUCAGUGCGAAAAGUGCAAUUAUAAAGCCAAGGAGAAGUCGCAUUUGAAAAGGCACGUGAAGAGGUUGCAUGUGAAUGAUAAGAAAAUCUAGCUUAAAACCUUUAAAUGUUAAUAAAGUAUUGUUUUAUAA